AUGAAUUUUAAUUAAAUUUUACAUUCAAGAUCGAAGUCUCCUGUUCGCUCAAUCCCAAGAACUUGUCAUGUAUCAUAUUUCAAAGUUAAGGAAUAAAGACGUAGCCUCUAUAAAAAAGAAUCUUUCUUUUAAUUAGAAGCAAGUUUUUUAAAAUUACGAUCAUAAUUACUUAAAUUUGCAUUUAUUCAGAUUUAUGAAAAACUUGCUGUUGAUGUUAAGAAAAUGAAAUUAAUUUCAGAAUACUAAAAUUGGAAAAUAUUAUCGAAGACUUUGUGUAAGUGGAAUAAAUUAUAUAAAUAUAACAAAAUGAGCUAGUCGUUAAUUUCUUCUCCAACUUUUAGCAAUAGUUUGAAAUCUCCAAAAUAUUCAAUUAGUGAAUUUAGGCCCUCUUCAACAGCCAAAAAAUAACCAACCCAGAAAAUAAAAAAAGUAUGGAAUACUUUAGUGAAAAUUCAAAGAAAUAAUAAACGAAUAAUAUUUACUUUAUAUAAAAUAUUUUAGAUAUAAAAAUCAAAAAAGAAAGCCAUUUUGUAUAAAUGGUAUAAGAGAACUUAUAAAAGAUUACUAUUAAAUGUAAAAUUAUGCAAAUUGGUGGCAAUAUUGAAUAAAUAAAUUACAAAAUAUCUAAAAGCUUUUUGA